AUGGCCGUAUCACUCGAUGAACAGAAUGUCCACUCGGAAAUCGCCACUGCCGUUGCCGGUCCGUACAGCGAAACCGAGCUCAAGUCUGCUGCCAACUCGACCCUCAGAUCGAGAAGCGUCGCCACGACCCGCACCGCGAGAAGUAGUUGAAGAAGUUGAGGAGAAGUAAUGCCAGCGGAUUACAGGCUCGGCGAGUGCUCCGGCUGCUGCUGCUGCUCAGGGACCGAGCUACGACAAGAUGAUCUCUGCGUUCGCUACUGUCGCCUUCUCGUACCUUUUGCUUGGAAUCUCGCUCUACGUCGAAGCCACCGUCAGCCUUUUCCACGUCGGCUACUUCUCGUACAGAAACCCUGCCGUUUCGAAGGUACUCACGUCCGCUCACUUCCCAUUCGAAUCGAACAUUUCAGGAUCUCAUCAAGACGGCCUUCCAUCUUCUGAAGACCUCGUACGACAACAAGUUGCUGACCAUCUCGGAGAUCUACGAGACGACCAACCACAGCAUCAUCAAGCCAAUGGCACGCCAGAACAAGCAACACUUUUUGGAGGAAAAUCAGCGUACUGCUCAGUUGCAGACGAUGAAGAUCUCUUCCGCCACUCGCUAA